CAUGCACAGUCAUGUACGUACUCGUUUUUAUCCUAGGGAUUAUUAUGUUUUCUUCUGCCUACGAUGAAUGGCUUCCAAUUUAGACCUAAUUCGGCACUCGGGGCCAUUGGGCAGUGAGAGUUCCUUAGCGUGCCAACGCCUACCCUGACACGGGACCUACAAUUUUAAGGUCAUAUCCGAAAGACCCGUGGCUUUCACUUCUAAUGCCGAGCGCUUGGAGAAGGAACAGUCACUACCUUUGUUUACGUCUUAGGUUUGACGCGGCGCCACAAAUGAGAAUCGAGCCCGGGCCUCCCGAUCCAAAGUGAACGCUCUACAACUAGGCUACCGUGACCGGUCUUAAAUAUGUGUAUGCAACGUUAGACGCAAAUUACCCCGACUUCAUACGGACAUAAUUUAUUUGUUUCCACAUCAUUUGUGCUUGUAUCUAUUUUUUAAAGAAAAUCUGGCUCUUCGAAAACCAACUUGGCAGACUUCAUCACAUGAUCCCGCUGUGUCGGGUCCGGAGAAUGCAGUUGAUGGUUCAAAAACAGAUUUAUCCUAUAAUGGACAUACCUGUAGUGUAUCAACUGAUAGAAAAAGCAAUGCUUCCUGGUGGGUUAACCUCACAGACAUUGUUAGCAUCAACAACAUAGUGAUCUACUACAGGACGGACAAUAGAGCAUGGGGACCAUCAAAUCAAUAUACGACCAGAUUUAUGGGAUUUUAUGUGUACAUUUCAAACACAACAAAAAGAGAGGAUGGUCACCUGUGUUUUCAUGACAAAAACUAUACUACUGCCACAAUACCAGCCAUUGCUAAUAUAACCUGUCCCUUCCAUGGACAAUACGUCAUUUACUAUAACGAGAGACCAGUGAAGGACAGUUAUACAACUGGACACUCUUUGAAUGCCAUUAUUGAACUUUGUGAGGUUGAGGUAUACGGCUGUACAAGUCUCAGACGUUACGGAUCUGAUUGUUCAAAGGCCUGUCCAAAAAACUGCAAGGAGUACUGUCACAUAGAAUCGGGAAAUUGUCUACAGUGUUCCUCUGGUUACAGAGGGGAAAGAUGUGAACAAGAAUGUGCACCAGGAUUCCAUGGAGAAGAUUGUCUUCUGACUUGUGGUAAAUGUAAAUCGUCCAAUAAAUGCAAUCCAAUAAACGGGUCGUGUGAACAUGGUUGUAUUGCCGGAUAUGGAGGAUUGCUUUGCAAUGACGAGAACAUGGCAUAUAACCAUCCGACCUGGCAAAGCUCAAGCUUUGAAACAAAAGUUGGUUCUUCAAAAGCCGUUGAUGGACUGAAAGACGAUUUUUCUCAUGUUGGGUACCAAUGCAGUAUAUCAGCUAAUGGUCGUAGACAGGCAACAUGGUUGGUGAACCUCUCUGGAAUACGAAGCAUACGUAACGUUAUAAUGUACUACAGAACGGGAAACAUACUUUGGG